AUGGAAGACUUCCGUACCUCACUACCUUGUCGAACAACAGUUGAUGCACGCGCAAUCGUGCAGGCUGCACUCCCUUGUCUUAAUUCUGCAUUUAUUGCAAGAAUCUUGGGUGCACCGUCCUAUGGAAUAAAAUUUUCUCUUUGGAUAGUCCCCAGAUUCUAUUGGUUGGCGCUAUACGUGGUGCUUUCGGUCGUUCCAUCAAGGCCACCCAUAUCUUCCUUGUACAGUAGUAGUACUAUCUCGAUAUGCAUUAGCUUCCCAAAUUUAUUUCCAGUACACCGCGGUGAUUUGGUUCUAAUAAUCGAAUACACUAGAAGACAAGAUCAAUCAUUUAUUCAAGCUCGAUAUCGAUACUGAUUGAAUGCUGUUUACUGGAUGGUAUUCCAUUUAAAUCGGUGACAGUGGGCCCUUAUACUAUUUCAGAGCUCACAACUAUCCUGACUCUUUUUUCGCGGCAUCGUUCCCGAGAAUAGUGCUCUUCUAUAACUCCAAUAGACGCUCCAGCAGAUCUGCCGAAUUAGUACCCGAACCUGUUCAGGGAGAUCUGAAUGUAUGAACCCCACGAUCUUUCAACUACUACUGUUCAAUUGUCAUGAUGACGACGGAAGGGUUCCACGCAGGUCUUUACAUCUGCAUCUCUUAAUUGUUUACGCUGAGCCUCCACUUGAGGGCCAUUCAUGUCCUGUUCAGCAACCAUCUUCGGCGAUACUCGACUGUAAUUUCACCAAUCC